AUGUCGUGGCGCAACCAAGGUAUUACGGGAUCGAACAACAUCCCUCUGGGAAAGAGGCGGUUCGGUGGUGAGGAGGAAGACAGUCGCACCGCGACUCCUGCGUCCGCUCCCGGGGACAAUCGUGGUAGAAGUCCUGUCCGAGCUGAACCUCCAGUCGAUGGCGUGAAGCGACGCAAGAAGCGCAACCGCUGGGGCGAUGCUCAGGAGAACAAGGCCGCUGGUCUGAUGGGCUUGCCCACCAUGAUCAUGGCCAACUUCACCACGGAACAGCUCGAGGCGUAUACUCUUCAUUUGCGUAUUGAGGAGAUUAGUCAAAAGCUGAGGAUCAACGAUGUCGUCCCCGCGGAUGGCGACAGGUCCCCUUCUCCCCCGCCGCAGUACGAUAACUUUGGAAGACGUGUAAACACUAGGGAAUACCGCUACCGCAAGCGCCUCGAGGAUGAGCGUCAUAAACUAGUGGAAAAGGCGAUGAAGACCAUUCCUAAUUAUCACCCGCCCUCUGACUACAGGCGCCCUACUAAGACCCAGGAGAAGGUCUAUGUGCCAGUCAAUGACUAUCCAGAGAUUAACUUCAGUCCUCGUGGAAACACCUUGAAGAAGAUGGAGACCGAGUCCGGUGCAAAAAUUGCUAUCCGUGGCAAAGGCUCCGUCAAGGAAGGAAAGGGCCGAUCUGACGCCGCUCACGCUAGCAACCAGGAAGAAGAUCUCCAUUGUUUGAUCAUGGCAGACACUGAGGAGAAGGUUAACAAAGCAAAGAAGCUGGUGCACAACGUUAUUGAGACUGCUGCCUCUAUUCCUGAAGGCCAGAACGAGCUCAAGAGGAACCAACUUCGAGAACUGGCUGCACUCAACGGUACCCUUCGUGAUGAUGAGAACCAGGCUUGCCAGAACUGUGGUCAAAUUGGUCAUCGCAAGUACGACUGUCCCGAGCAGCGCAACUUUACUGCCAACAUCAUCUGUCGCGUCUGUGGCAACGCUGGGCAUAUGGCUCGUGAUUGUCCUGACCGCCAGAGAGGCAGCGAUUGGCGCAACGGUGGCUUCAACCCCGCCGGCCGAGGGCCCAGGGCUAUUGGCGGUGGUGAUGCUGUCGACCGAGAGAUGGAGCAACUUAUGAACGAGUUGUCUGGUGGUGCUGCUGGACCUGAUGGCCAGCCGGUCCGCCGCAUCGAGGGCGGCCCCGAUGGUUACGACGACCGCGAUUACAAGCCCUGGCAACGUGCCCCUCCUCCCAGCGACAUUGCUCCCUGGCAGCAACGGGGCCGCGACAACCGCCGCGACGACUACGGAUCCAACGACAACGGUGGUGCCGCACCAUGGGCAAAUCAAGGCCGUGGUGGCAACGACUACGGUUAUGGAGCUGGCGCUUACGCUGCUGCCCCUGGAGCUGCAGCCCCCGCUCCCUGGCAACAGGCCGCGCCCCCUGCACCUGGUCAGGCUGCUUAUGGAUAUGGUUAUCCUGCGUAUCCUCCCCUUGCACCUGGAAUGGGCGCUCCUCCUGCUCCUCCUGGCCUGGGAGCUCCUCCACCCCCGCCUGGGAUGUCCUCGAUGUACUAUGGCGCCAGCGGCAGUCCACCCCCGCCUCCUCCUGGUGAGGGACCUCCUCCUCCGCCUCCAAGUGACCAGCCCCCGCCUCCUCCUCCACCCGGCGCUUGA